AAUACAGCACACACAUGCAGCAUCACACACACUCACAAACACGCUCUGAACUUUUCGCACAUAUUGGAGCAGAGGUCCUGACUAACGCUGGCUGUGGACCGUGGAGCAGCUCUCUGCAGGCUGAACAUUUAGGAGAGGACGCCGUUGCUACGACCACAGCAGACAACAUUCAUUAGACUCAAGAUGGAGACUGCUCAGGAGCGCAAGCCAAAAAGGCCCCACUACAUUCCCCGACCGCCAGGCAAGCCUUACAAGUACCAGUGUUUCCAGUGUCCUUUCACCUGCAACGAAAAGUCCCAUCUCUUCAAUCAUAUGAAAUACAACUUGUGUAAGAACUCCAUCUCCCUGGUGUCACAGAAAAAUGGGCAAACAGCCAGACAGGUUAAGGCUGCAGUAAAGGGAGCCCCUGUUAAAUCUAAGGAUGGUCCAAGCCCUCGACCGGCGGUUCAGAACAACAGCCCUGAGACACAGGAAACCGAGGAGGACACAGUUGAGAGCAGAGAGGACACAGAAGAAAUAGACGUUGGGUGUGACACUCCGGUCACUGAGGACAGCCCGAGUGUGACAAAAUCAAAUCCAGUAACAGCGGGAGAGAACAAGGAGAGCACUGAGGCCAACUCUCUGCCGCGCCCAUCUGCCUUCUCCCCCGUCACACCCAAAAAUGACGGAGUAGAAGCCUUGAAGUCAUCUGUGCAGCAGCCAGAGGAUUCACCAGCUCCUGUUCCCACUUUCAACCACCCAGGCUUCCCGUGGGGCACGAUUUCAUCAUCCAUUCCCUUGAAACCAUUUCCUCCUCCCAUGGUUCCUGAAUACGCUCCUUAUCUCCUGCCCGACCGGCCCCUGUAUCCACCAUACUAUCUCCCGGCAGACCACCAUGCAAAUGAGCCAAACUCUCCGUCUUUCCGGCCAGAGUUUAUGAGUCCCCAGAGGCCUGUGGUGCCACAGCCCAUUGCCCCACCUCACACGUCCCUCUUUCCCCCAUAUCCAUACAGAUACACCCACCCUCUUCACCCGGGCCCCCCUCUCCACUACACCCUAUACAGACCUCAUGAGCUCUCCAUGCCAAUUACAGGACCCCGAUAUCGUCCUUUGGAAUUGUACGGCCCGACCUUGUGGCAUAAGGAUUAUGACUUAUACAUGCAUCAAGGUCCAAGUCAGAACAGCCUCAACACAUCUACACAGGAGGAGAGCAAGGACGGGCAAAGUGGAGACAAGGAAACAAGGCUGAGCCCUAAAGAGGGCUGUUCAGCCUUGGGCUCUCCUGACAGACCCAGUCACACACACAUCAUCCAGAGAGACACAGAGGCCCCACACUACACUAGCAAAGGUGACUCACAGACAACCAGCCAAGUGGGACACACAGCUACAGCCGUGCCACCCAUCAAACCUGACACAAGAGAAGAGGAGUCUGCGGAAAGCCUGCUGCAGUUAGGAACUCUGCAUGUGGAUGGAGGAUCAGCUGAGAGCAGCAGGUACUCCUUGAUACCUGGUUCUGAGCCAUGUCCUGAACCUACAGCAGAGCAUGAUGAGAGGGACAACAGAGAAGAUCUGGCCCCACUCAACCUCUCAACAAGGAACCAGGACAACGAAAACAGCCCAUCUGACUACAGGUUAAGGUGCUCAGACACAGGGAAAUUAAAAGGGGAGGAGUUGCCUCUGAACCUCAGCCUGCGAGCAUCUUAUAGCAGCCCUGUGCACAGCUCUGCCCCGAGCACUUCGGAAGAUCUCCAGCAGACGCCCGACACUGACCUGGACGAAGAACCAUGUGACCAGAGGCAGACUGCAGCACUGGCGCUCUGUCAGCUAGCCAUUGCAAGCUCCGCUGCCUCUUCAUGUGACUUCAGCACUUCAGAUAAACCCACAGAGGAUUCCACAGACACUACAAGUUGUGUCUCUCCGAGGAAGACAAAGCACACAACCAAGGCGAAGCCAACUGGCAUGAAGAGGGCAAAGAGUAGCCAGGCUGAGAACAAGUGGCAUAAACCAAGCAAGAGAGCAAAAACAGCAGGGCGGGCUCUGAGGAGGAGGCCUCGCUGCUGCUGAACUCUGACUUUUACAUUUGAUAACAAGGGCAGAGUAUCUCUAACCUUCAUCACUGCAAGCCUCAACUUGAACAGAUCAACUUACUGAAUAUAAUAAUUAAAAUGUUUAUAGCACUGCCACAAGAGCAACUGUAAAAACAACUGAUGAACACAAAGACUGUAUGUGUAUAUUAUGUCUUGUUGUCACACACACAAAGGUGAAAUGUAAUUUUUAUAGGGGUUGUUAAUAUUUAAAUGUGGACUUUUUUUGUACUGUAGAAAGCUGAAA